GUGCUGGGAUUAAAGGUGUACGCCACCACCGCCCGGCUCCAUUUAUUAAUGUUUUAACCACUCUUUGGUUUGAUUUUUUUUUUCCUCUUGUCUAAGUUCACGUUGAUUUUUGUUCAUUUUUUUUCUGCCUUCUUUAUUUUCUUACUAAUGUAUAAUGUACAUUUAGCAUACUUCAUUCUUGUUGGGCAGGCACCUCUGAGGUUUGGGGAAGGUGUGUGGUUGAGUCGCUGCUGCCACAGACAUAAUGUGUGGCCCUGUCCAUGAGCGAGCCCUCCCGUCAGGGUACCACCCCAUCCCCAUACCAGUGCCCAUCCCCUGUUCUUGGAUGUCUGUGUGUCUGCUCUUCUCUGAGAUGAGCUACCUCAGUGCCUGCCUCUUGGGAGAGAUUAGAUUUUAUUCCAGUUUUUGGCAAGUAUAAAUAAUUUGGGGUUUGGGCUUAUUUUGCUAUGAUUUGUAAUCAUGAAAGUUUAGAUUGCGGAUGCCUUUUUUUCCCCUUUUACAAUUUUUUUUUGGUUUUUUUGAGACAGGAUUUUUUUCAUAGAGCUCUGGCUGUCUGGAACUUGCUCUGUAGACCAGGCUAGCCUCAAACUCACAGAGAUCCACCUGCCUCUGCCUCCUGAGUGCUGGGAUUAAAGGUGUGCGCCACCACUGUCUGGCUCAAAGUAUAUUUCUGCAUUGGCUGGGACUUGAACCUAGGGCCUCCCGUGUGGCGGGCGAGAAUUCUACCACUGAGCCACCAGUGCUUUUGGGUGCCCUAUUAAAAAACUAGUUUUAUUAAGAAAUGAUCCACAUUGAUGAAUUUCAACAAAGUGCCCCAGGAGGGCCCCAAAUCUAAGCCCAGAGACUUCCUCCAAUUCUGUACUCUUUCCUUCCCUUGGGCCUUGCUUUUUCCAGGAGACCCCCACCCUGGUGUGAAUGCCUCUGAGCACUAGCUGCUGGAGGUAAAAGGAUGUGGCUGACCUGCUGGCAGGUGGCCCAGGCUCAGGAAGCAAUAUGGUGGCAGGCCUGCAAGUGUGUGCCUACAUGGGAGCAAGGACCUGCAGUUGCUAACUCUGCCCAUUUCAACAGGAGGAACCUUCUAGUCACCUCAGCUAAGGAGGGGGUUCAUUGCCAAGGAGUUCUGCCAGCCUGGCAGUGUGACAAUCCAGCAUGCUCUCUGUACUGGGACUCCUGGAGCAUUGUGGUAGUGGGGUGAUCUGAGCUGUCCAGGCUAAGUCUGCCAGCUUUCAAAGUCUUCGUGUCUAUCUGUGGAGCCUGGCCUCUGGUGGUGAAUGGUCGACACACGGUUCUUGCCUGCAGCAGCUACUUGGGAAGACUAUGUCUACUUUGAGAACUCCUCCAGCAACCCGUACCUGAUCCGCAGGAUUGAAGAGCUCAAUAAGACAGCCAACGGGAAUGUGGAGGCCAAGGUGGUGUGUUUCUACAGAAGGCGGGACAUUUCCAGCAGUCUCAUCGCCCUGGCUGACAAGCAUGCAACCCUGUCAGUCUGCUAUAGAGCCGGACCGGGGGCGGACACCGGCGAGGAAGGGGAAGUGGAGGAAGAGGUGGAGAACCCAGAGAUGGUGGACCUGCCUGAGAAACUGAAGCAUCAGCUGCGGCACCGGGAACUGUUCCUCUCUCGGCAGUUGGAGUCACUGCCCGCCACCCACAUCAGGGGCAAAUGCAGUGUUACCCUGCUCAAUGAGACUGAGUCACUCAAAUCCUACCUGGAGCGUGAGGAUUUCUUCUUCUAUUCUCUAGUCUACGACCCACAGCAGAAGACCCUCCUGGCUGACAAAGGGGAGAUCCGAGUAGGAAACCGGUACCAGGCUGACAUCACUGACUUGCUGAAAGAAGGUGAGGAGGAUGGCCGUGAUCAGUCGAAACUGGAGACCAAGGUGUGGGAAGCCCAUAAUCCGCUUGUGGAUAAGCAGAUUGACCAGUUCCUUGUAGUGGCCCGCUCCGUGGGCACCUUUGCACGGGCCCUGGAUUGCAGCAGCUCCGUGCGGCAGCCUAGCCUGCACAUGAGUGCCGCAGCAGCCUCCCGAGACAUCACCCUGUUCCAUGCUAUGGACACGCUGCACAAGAACAUCUACGACAUCUCCAAGGCUAUCUCAGCCCUCGUGCCUCAGGGUGGGCCGGUGCUCUGCCGGGAUGAGAUGGAGGAGUGGUCAGCAUCAGAAGCCAACCUUUUUGAGGAAGCUCUGGAAAAAUAUGGGAAAGAUUUCACAGACAUUCAACAAGAUUUUCUCCCGUGGAAAUCGCUCACCAGCAUCAUUGAAUACUACUACAUGUGGAAGACCACCGACAGAUACGUCCAGCAGAAACGUUUGAAAGCAGCUGAAGCAGAGAGCAAGUUAAAGCAGGUUUAUAUUCCCAACUAUAACAAGCCAAAUCCAAACCAGAUCAGCGUCAACAGUGUCAAGGCCAGUGUAGUGAAUGGCACAGGGACACCAGGCCAGAGCCCCGGGGCCGGCCGGGCCUGCGAGAGCUGUUACACCACACAGUCUUACCAGUGGUAUUCUUGGGGUCCCCCUAACAUGCAGUGUCGCCUCUGCGCAUCUUGUUGGACAUAUUGGAAGAAAUAUGGUGGCUUGAAAAUGCCAACCCGGUUAGAUGGAGAGAGGCCGGGACCAAACCGCAAUAACAUGAGUCCCCAUGGCAUCCCAGCCCGGAGCAGUGGGAGCCCCAAAUUUGCCAUGAAGACAAGGCAGGCCUUCUACCUGCACACUACCAAGUUGACACGCAUUGCCCGGCGCUUGUGCCGUGAGAUCCUACGCCCAUGGCAUGCCGCACGCCACCCCUACAUGCCCAUCAACAGCGCAGCAAUCAAGGCUGAAUGCACAGCACGGCUGCCUGAAGCUUCCCAGAGCCCACUGGUGCUGAAGCAGGUAGUGCGGAAGCCCCUGGAGGCUGUGCUCCGGUACCUUGAGACCCAUCCCCGCCCCCCUAAGCCUGACCCUGUGAAGAGUUCAUCCAGUGUGCUCAGCAGUCUGACCCCUGCCAAGUCAGCCCCCGUUAUCAACAAUGGCUCCCCCACCAUCCUGGGCAAGAGGAGCUACGAGCAGCACAAUGGGGUGGAUGGCAACAUGAAGAAGCGCCUCUUGAUGCCCAGUAGGGGCACUUACCUGGGUCUGGCAAACCAUGGACAGACCAGGCACAUGGGACCGAGUCGGAACCUCCUGCUCAAUGGGAAGUCCUACCCCACCAAAGUGCGGCUGAUCCGUGGCGGCUCCCUGCCUCCUGUCAAGCGGCGGAGAAUGAACUGGAUUGACGCCCCAGACGACGUAUUUUACAUGGCCACUGAGGAGACCAGGAAAAUCCGCAAGCUGCUCUCAUCCUCAGAAACCAAGCGUGCUGCCCGCCGGCCCUACAAGCCCAUUGCCCUGCGCCAGAGCCAGGCCUUGCCGCUGCGGCCACCCCCACCUGCACCAGUCAACGAUGAGCCCAUUGUUAUUGAGGACUAGGCGGCCACCCACAGUGUGGCCUGCCUGGGCCCCUCCAUCAGCCCCAGAGUAUCCAGUGAGGCCUGCAGAGGCCAAGCGGCCUCCCUCCCCCACCAGACUGCUGCCCACCCCACCCUCUGUUUCCAUAGCGCCCCAAGUCCCGCCCUCACAUGCAGAGACACUGCUCCUCUGGUGGACAUGCGGGGGAAGAAGUGUGGUCUAACUUAUUCCAAGACACCGAGGAGUCUUUUUUAGCUUUGUGUUUACUUUCUGGCUGGAGCAGAGAUGAGGAACGCCGGGCCCUGCACAGGGCUUCUCACCCGGGGUGGGUUCUAAGGUUUGUUGUGUUCUGUUGAAGGUGCCAUUUUAAAUUUUAUUUUUAUUACUUUUUUUGUAGAUGAACUUGAGCUCUGUAACUUACACCUGGAAUGUUAGGAUUGGUGCGGCCAGCAGCGGCCAAGCUGCCUGGCGGGGUUGGUCCCUUGUCUUUUCAAGUAAUUUUCAUAUUAAACAAAAACAAAGAAAAAAAUCUCAUAAAAAGGAAAACCCCA